AUGCAGAUCUUAGCCCCACUCCCCAGCCCUACUCCCCAGUCCUACUCCCCAGCCCUACUCCCCCAGCCCUACCAUAUUCCCCCAGUCCUACUCCCCAGUCCUACUCCCCAGCCCUACUCCCCCAGCCCUACCCUACUCCCCCAGUCCUACUCCCCCAGCCCUACUCCCCAGUCCUACUCACCAGCCCUACUCCCCAGUCCUACUCCCCCAGCCCUACUCCCCAGCCCUACUCCCCAGCCCUACCCUACUCCCCCAGCCCUACUCCCCAGUCCUACUCCCCAGCCCUACUCCCCCAGCCCUACCCCCCAGCCCUACCCUACUCCCCCAGUCCUACUCCCCCAGCCCUACUCCCCAGUCCUACUCACCAGCCCUACUCCCCAGUCCUACUCCCCCAGUCCUACUCCCCAGCCCUACUCCCCCAGCCCUACCCUACUCCCCAGUCCUACUCCCCAGUCCUACUCCCCAGCCCUACUCCCCCAGCCCUACCCUACUCCCCCAGUCCUACUCCACCAGCCCUACCCUACUCCCCCAGUCCUACUCCCCCAGCCCUACUCCCCCAGCCCUACUCCCCAGCCCUACUCCCCCAGCCCUACCCUACUCCCCCAGCCCUACUCCACCAGCCCUACCCUACUCCCCCAGUCCUACUCCCCCAGUCCUACUCACCAGCCCUACUCCCCAGUCCUACUCCCCCAGCCCUACUCCCCCAGCCCUACUCCCCCAGCCCUACUCCCCAGCCCUACUCCCCCCAGCCCUACUCCCCCAGCCCUACUCCCCCAGCCCUACUCCACCAGCCCUACUCCCCCAGUCCUACUCCCCCAGCCCUACUCCCCAGUCCUACUCCCCAGCCCUACUCCCCAGUCCUACUCCCCAGUCCUACUCCCCCAGUCCUACUCCCCCAGCCCUACUCCCCCAGCCCUACUCCCCCAGUCCUACUCCCCCAGCCCUACUCCCCAGCCCUACCCUACUCCCCCAGUCCUACUCCCCCAGCCCUACUCCCCCAGCCCUACUCCCCAGGCCUACCCUACUCCCCCAGCCCUACUCCCCAGUCCUACUCCCCAGCCCUACUCCCCCAGUCCUACUCCCCCAGCCCUACUCCCCCAGCCCUACUCCCCCAGCCCUACUCCCCAGCCCUACUCCCCCAGUCCUACUCCCCCAGCCCUACUCCCCCAGUCCUACUCCCCCAGCCCUACUCCCCCAGUCCUACUCCCCCAGCCCUACUCCCCCAGUCCUACUCCCCAGCCCUACUCCCCCAGUCCUACUCCCCCAGCCCUACUCCCCCAGCCCUACUCCCCCAGCCCUACUCCCCAGCCCUACCCUACUCCCCCAGUCCUACUCCCCCAGUCCUACUCACCAGCCCUACUCCCCAGUCCUACUCCCCCAGCCCUACUCCCCCAGCCCUACUCCCCAGCCCUACUCCCCAGCCCUACCCUACUCUCCCCAGUCCUACUCCCCCAGUCCUACUCACCAGCCCUACUCCCCAGUCCUACUCCCCCAGCCCUACUCCCCCAGCCCUACUCCCCCAGUCCUACUCCCCCAGUCCUACUCCCCCAGCCCUACUCCCCAGCCCUACUCCCCCAGCCCUACUCCCCCAGCCCUACUCCCCCAGCCCUACUCCCCAGUCCUACUCCCCAGCCCUACUCCCCCAGCCCUACUCCCCCAGCCCUACUCCCCCAGUCCUACUCCCCCAGCCCUACUCCCCAGCCCUACUCCCCCAGCCCUACUCCCCCAGCCCUACCCUACUCCCCCAGCCCUACUCCCCCAGCCCUACCCUACUCCCCCAGCCCUACUCCCCCAGCCCUACCCUACUCCCCCAGCCCUACUCCCCCAGCCCUACCCUACUCCCCCAGCCCUACCCUACUCCCCCAGCCCUACCCUACUCCCCCAGCCCUACUCCCCCAGCCCUACUCCACCAGCCCUACCCUACUCCCCCAGCCCUACUCCCCCAGCCCUACUCCCCCAGCCCUACUCCACCAGCCCUACUCCACCAGCCCUACUGGACAGAUCUGUUUCUGCUUCCUUCCAACUCCUUUGGUCAUUAUAACACAUAAACUGGUCUUAGACCAUGCUAACACUCCCCAAACCCAGCCUUGCAAAAACACUUCAACUCACCUACAGUGA